AUGGAGAAGGCUUUCAAUAACCCAACUCCUGCUCCUCCAUUCUUCCUCAUGCCUAUCCCGGCUUCAGUGCCUCCUGCCUCCUUGUUGAAGCGUUCUGGUGGGGCACCCCAGCCGUGGCCCAUCCACCCCCAUCCUACGGGACCGAUCAACAGGACCCACUGCCCCCCUCCUCACCUGCCUCUCUUCCAUACCCGUCAUGCAGAGGAAAGUGCCGAGCGGCCCCAUCUGGUCACCAUCGUCCGCCCCUGUGGUCAAAGUACACUGCGGAAGGUAACGGUGCUUUUAAACCGUAGGGGUGUGGUGUCCUUCGAACAACUGCUAUUGGAUAUCUCUGAAGCGUUGGGAUUUCCUCGCUGGCACAGGGCCAGAGUCACACGCUUGUACACAUCUUAUGCCAUAGAGGUUAAAGGUGUGUGCGACUUCUUUCGUGGUGAUGUGGCUUUUGUGGCAUUGGGAAAGGCUCGUCCAGAGCUGAGCAGUGUGCAGGAGGCGCUGGAGGAGCUGUUUCCUGAACAUUCCAGCUACCGAGCCGAAGCACUGCUGGUCUGGGAGAAGAAACUCCGGCCAGCGCCAGAUAAAGCAGCUAAAGCCGACAGCGGGUACAGUGAGGGGACAGACAGCAGCGGGACACACGAUGAUACAAAUAGACAAAUCAAGAAUCAGACCAGUACACACACUCCUCGCUUUGCAGACAAACACCAGGCAGAAAAUCGUAAUUCAGACACUCAGAAGUCACAUAAAAAGAAUAUGUGCAGAAAACUUGCUCGCCUUCCAAACCAUCUGCAGAAGCUCUGUGUGAGGGGCGGUAUCAGAGAGCCACAGCCAUCCAUCAUUGGUCCAUUCAAACAUGAAGGUCUUAGAGAAGCAGACAUACCCUCUCCUACACUGUGUGAAAACUGCUUGGCAAGAAGAACUAAACAUCAGGGUCCAGAACGGAUCGAUCCACUCUCUGGGAGGGUCCCUCUUCCUCCUGUGUUGAGGAAACAAAAAGGAAGUUCAUCUAUUGUGGAGGAUGUGAGAAAAUUAGACAUUCAUAUCAGCCCUCCACCUCCUCAGCCAACCUGCAGAGUUGAGGAGAGGAAUCUUCCCCAGUUACAACUAUUAAAUCCACUUCCAGGAGUGGGUGCAGAGAGGACAACCUUUGACCUUCCCUCAGAUGACAGUGAAGUCACUUUGUUAGAUAUCGAGCGUUGCUAUGAAAUUGGACGUGUGGUUGGAGAUGGAAACUUUGCGGUGGUGCGAGAGUGCCGCCGUCGUGACAACAAUCAAACCCUCGCUGUGAAGAUUGUGGAGCGCUCCAAGCUCGUUGGUCGAGAGCACAUGAUGCAGAAUGAGCUGAGUCUUCUGGGUAGCCUGUGUCACCCUCACAUAGUGCGUCUGUUGGCGCACCAUCACACACACACUCACUCCUACCUGGUCAUGGAGCUGGUGAGUGGGGGGGAUCUGUUUGAGGCCAUCAGUGAGAUUGGGAAGUUUUCAGAAGCGGAGGCAGGACUGAUGGUGUCAGAUGUGAGCGAAGCGCUAAAUUACAUCCACUGCAAGAGCAUCGUCCACCGAGACCUCAAACCAGAGAACCUGCUGAUAGAGCGUGUUGCUGCUGGCAUCUGUCGGCUGAAGCUGGGAGACUUUGGUCUUGCCAUGGUUGUGACUGAGCCAGUCUUUACUAUAUGUGGCACGCCCACAUAUGUAGCCCCGGAGAUUCUCUCUGAAACAGGUUACGGGGUAGCUGUGGACAUAUGGGCACUGGGUGUUAUUCUCUACAUCCUGCUAUGUGGCUUCCCCCCAUUUCGCAGUCGGGAUCGAGACCAGGAAGAACUGUUCCAGCUAAUAAAACAAGGACAGCUCCACUUCCUGCCCCCCUAUUGGGACCCCAUCUCAGAGGAAGCCAGAUGCCUUGUUCGAGCUCUGCUUCAGUCAGAUCCCACAGUGCGGCUAACAGCUGAGCAGACCCUGCUGCAUCCUUGGGUGAAGGCAAUGGCUUCAAUUUGCAGGCAGAGGGCGCUCACAGACAAUCCUGAGAACACAGUACAUCCUGGAGUAGAACCAGAGAGAGUCCAGAGACCAGCUCAGAUCAACGUGGAAGAAGGAGCAACAGACAAAAGACACACCAGCAGCGAAGUGUUGCCCACACACAAAGUGGAGCUAAGCAGACACUAUGAAGGACAAGCUGAGAUGAGCACAGGAAGAAGAAAAGAGGAGAAUAUACCUCCACAGCAGCUAUUAAUAGAGAUAAGUACAGUCCAGAGCGUCUCUCCACAGAUCAAAGUACACACACCUUCAGAGGCCACACCUGGACACCAGAAACUCGAGAGCAGCUCUACAGACUCACCGAGGAAGCUAGUUAUUCAGCAUUCAGGUCUGAAUCUGUCAAACACAGACUGUGACUCCAUCAGCCCAACCAGCCCGAGUCAGCUAAAUGCCCCUGCAGCCCAAACUGAAACAGUUUUGACUGAAACACACCAAUCAACACAAAAAAGCCAACUGCAGACACCUAAUUUACAACCUCCAGCCACAGUGGGUCACUCAACACAACAUCAUCCAUCCUUCCACCCAGCAGCCACUUCUUCAACUCAUUUCCUCCAUCAGCAAAACUUCACCUCUCCACUGAACAAUCCUACCACAGCCACCACCCAAAACCACUCAGCCGAAAACCACGACGAUCUGACCACUGACACCACAAUCAACCACUCGCACUGA